AAAAAGUAUCAAAUGGCACGAGGAUCUAACGUAAUACGUAUUUUAUGAAUAAUUUCUUGUGAUUGUUUGUGUUGCGUUUUGCGACCAACAAGCGGAAAGCGGAAGAAUAAUUUACGCUCAGCUGAAAUCAUCUCAAUUAUUACCACCAGAAGGAAGAAAUACUGUCUUGGCCGCCGCGAACAAUAUCAGUCUGUACUGAGAGCGUUGAUGUAACUAGCUGUUGUGGGUGAGGGCACUUUUCUCUUUAGUUUCUCCUCAGUGCGCCCGCGCAGUCAGUGUUGUGCCGUCGGAAAACGCGCGCGUCUCUGCUACUGUCGUAAAACGAGAUCGAUCACUCGCAUCGUUUUAAUAAUAAUCGUGUCUGCGAAUCAGUAGUUUAAUAAGUUGACUGCGAUAUCAAAAAGCAUUGUGUUUGUGUAAUUGGGAAAUUUUACAAAGAACUGGCAUUCAGUUGGCGAGCACGAGUGCACUAAAAGCUUUGGAGUAACUACGGUGGUGACUGGCGUGAAUGCGGGAGCGCAUGGAUGGCGACGCAAGCCUGGCGAACGCUCGCCGUUCUCCUCGCGGCGACCUCAUUCGCGCUAGCUAAAUAUGCUGAAUUAGAGCCAUGGAGAGGCGCAGGGCGGCCUGCGACGGCGACCCAGGAGGCGGAGGACGAGCGCCACGAUGCGGAGAUGUUGGCUGCUAUCCGCGCCUCCAUGCAAGAAUGGGAACUUAGGAGGGCACGGACAAGGAGUAAAAGAUCUCAGGGCAGCGUCUGCUAUGGCGAGUUCGGAUGCUUCGAGGACGCCGGCCCCUUUGCUUACUUGGAGACGCUGCCAAGCUCGCCGCAAGAAGUCGGCACUCACUUCCUCAUGUACUCCACGGUCAGCAGAGGUGACCAGCCUCUACUGGCAGUGUCUGCGAGCAACAUGUCCGCCGCGUGGGGCUGGGCGACACACGCGUUCGACUCGGCGCGACCCACGCGCGUCAUCGUUCACGGCUUCGGCUCCAACUGCGAUAACGUCUGGGUGUACGAGAUGCGCUCCGCUCUGAUGGCCGUGGAGGAAUGCAACGUCGUGUGUGUAGAUUGGGAAGGAGGUGCGACCAUGCCAAAUUAUCUUCGCGCUGCCGCUAAUACGAGACUAGUCGGGAAGCAGCUGGCAAUGCUGUUACAAGGACUGGCAGAACACAUAGAUUUAAGAUUUGAAGAUGUACAUCUUAUUGGAUUCAGCUUGGGUGCGCAUGUAGCAGGAUUUGCGGGUUCAGAAUUGAGAAAUAUAAGCAGAAUAACAGGUCUCGACCCAGCAGGUCCCCUCUUCGAGUUCCAAGACCCGCGCGCGCGGCUCGACCGCAGCGACGCCAAGUUCGUGGACGUGAUCCACUCCAACGGGGAGACGCUCAUCUUCGGCGGGCUGGGCGCCGCGCAGCCGCUGGGACACGUCGACUUCUAUCCUAACGGAGGAAGAGUGCAGCAUGGCUGUUCCAAUUUGUUCGUGGGUGCGGUAUCAGACCUGGUAUUGCCGUGGUCGGCGCCGUCGCCUGAAGGCCGCUCGCUGUGCAACCACCGACGCGCGUACAAGUUCUUCACCGACUCGGUGUCGCCCAAGUGCCACUUCCCCGCCUUCCCGUGCGCCGACUACGACACCUUCCUUGAGGGUCGGUGUUUCCCGUGCGAUGGGCAACGGCGAUGCGGCAACAUGGGAUACUACGCUGACCGGUCGUUAGGACGAGGGCAACUCUAUCUGCUCACAAGGGAAGAGGAGCCUUUUUGUGCACAUCAGUACCACGUGUCUGUAUGGGCGCGCAUCGAGCCCGGCGAGAAGCCCAACUUCGGGCGCCUGACACUCACGCUGCACGGGGACACGGGGCUCAACGAGUCCUUCCCGAUGACCAAGCGUGAGAACGCGUCCGGCCGCGUGGCGCGGUUCUCACGCGUGGUGGUGCCGCACCCGGCGCUGGGUGUGCCACUGCGUGCGUCCCUCACCUACACCGCGUACGCGGGCUGGCUAACCGCCGCCGCGCGCGCGUUGCACCUGGACAAGCUCCUUAUAGCCGACAGCUUCGCCAAGACGUCAUCAUUCUGUAAAAAGGGAUUACAGUUGCAAUCGGAGGAAUCUGUCGAAUUGCCUCUUUAUCCAGGAGACUGUAUUAUACAACAGGAUGAUAGCCCAAUGAACGGAUCGAAAGGCGAACUCGAUUACUCGACCAAACCCAACACUACGAAGGUAGCACUGGUGGACCCUGUAGACAACGAGUUGCCGGAGGAUGCACCGCAACGACCUUUCGCCCUCGUGGACAACUCUGAGUGGACCGGCGACGACACCGGGCGGGCGUUCGGCAUGACGAAUGUAAAGACUGCUCCCAGCGGCCUCGUGGAGAUAGCCGAGCCUGUACUGAGACCGCGGCUCCGUAAGACCCCACGCCAACGGACCGAUGGCGAAGACCACGAGAUUUCCGAACCAAUCCUCCGAGCAACACAACCCCCGCGCUCAACUCUACCACCCGCCCGCAAAGCCAAGAACUACGAAGCCCCGACGACUCCGACCUACGACGCCAUGGCUUGGGGUGACCGUGCAGAAAAGGACGAAUCCAGCUUCGCCGUCCAAUUCCUGCCUUCCCGUUUAGCUUCCUUCAUUUCAAGAGCCGAAAGGUACGCAAGGGACACAUUGCUGCCUUUAGUUUCGGCUUACGCUCCUCGUCUACCAAUUUUCGGUUCGCGAGAAGUCGCGAAGCCUACAGCUAGGUACAUUCCUACGGAGGAUAUGAACGUGAACGGUUCGGUGCUUAUGCCUACUCCUACUCUGGAGAUGAAGAUCGAAACUCUUAGAUCGGUCGGUCCCCCGGGAGAACGCAGGGAGGUGGAAACGCCAGAGGAGCCUGAUAUUCCUGUCGUGAUAUCGACGACAACUACCACGGAGGCGACGACGACGACUACUACGGAGAAGCUCCGCGCGGCUCCUACAGAGAUGUUGCAAGUGGUAUCGGGGCCGGCCGCGUCUACGACCACGGCGUUACCGCCCGUGGCGCUCCAAAGUGCCAGCGAGAAAAUCGUGAUCGUGUAUCCUAGUAACGCGAGAGACGAACGCAAGAUUCGCUCGCAUUCAUACCCAGAAGAGCUUCAAUUCGAAGCGUUGUAUCGGCACACUGCGGCGCCCGCGGCGCUGAGAGUCGACUUGCCUACAUUCACUCCGCCUACGUCUACUUUGUCGCCUAGCUCUACGUCGUCGCCGGAAUCGGACGCUAGAUAUAUACCAGUAAUGUUUCCUAAGUCGAAAGUAAAUUCUAAAUGAGAACAAGGAUUGUUUCAUUAGGUAUCAAAAUAAAUGAAAAGAGGCUAUUACCUAGUAUUAUUGUACAGUUAAAAGAAGAUUAGUAAUUUUGUUUUCAUGAUAAUGAAUGAGUGUUGUGAAAAAUUAGCCCAAUGAAAAACUUUGUUAAAAAUUAAAAAAUGCCUAUUUUGUUAUUUUUUUCUAAGAUUAAAAGAUUGUAAAUAUUUAGGUAUUAUAUUAGGUGUAAGAAAACAAAAACCUUUUCUUAUAAAAUAAAACUUAUUUAUUAUACACUGGUGCUUAGAUUUGUUCACAAAUUGCAAAUUAUCAUGGUAGAAUUAUACCAACAUGAAAUUAAAGUCUCCUCUGAAGUUGAAAUAAAACGAAACAAGGACAUUUCCUCUUACAAACGGAGAAAUACAAUAGAGUAUUGAAUACAUCAGUAAAAUUUGACUGUCUAUGAAACAAUGCGGCCUAGUCUUAGCCGAGCAGAAAUCUGCCUACAUAAAAGAGUCGCUUCUACUAUAUGUAUUUGUCAGAGUUUUGCGAUAGGGUCAGUUCACACCGAGACGCGACGCGACGACACUCGGAGGCUGCGCAUACGGCGAUGCACCGCUGCGUCGCGAUACGUCGCGCUACGCCGCGAGGCAUCUCGAGGCGCAGAGCUGCGUGGUGCAACGUAUUCUGAAUUCUCACAAUGAAAUGUGUAUCUUUUCGUGUAGUUAAUAAAGUUUCUUUUGAGUCGCUCUAUUAAAAAGUGCGCGCAUCGUCGCGUCGCGUCGCGUCUCGGUGUGAGCUGACGCUUAGGAUACGCGUAAGACGCGUGCGCGGUCAACAUUCCCGACGUAAGUAACUGGGCUGCGUAUCUAUAAACAUAAGUACAUAUAACAUUUAGUGUGAGAGUACUUCAUAUAUUUGUCAGUGUUGCGUGUGCUCAUCGCCAAGGUCGCGUUGUUUCAUUGAUAGUAAAUUUGAGUACAGUUAAUGCAACUUUAAAUACAUAGAAAGACGCUGUGCUGAGUUAAGCGGGAGCACGGAGCGUAGGGAUACCUGCCUCACGCUAACUACUGCACGCGUAGCGGACGUCCGCUCCGUGUUCGCGCUUAACGCAGCGCACGCCCUAUAUCUAUAAAUUUUUGACAAAUGGUUAUUUUUUCAAAUUUGACGAAGUCUUAGCCGAGCAGUAAUCUUCCUAUCAGCAGGUGGGGUUGACAUUAGUGUGAGGUUACGCGCCUACUUCAUAUAUUUGUCGGAGUUCUGCGUUAGGAUGCGCGCGGAAGACUUGGCGUCUAAGAAGAGUGUGCUGACCGCGUGCACGUGCGCGGGCGUGAUGCGGGCCGCGCCGUCCGCGCGCGCGGUCAACAUCGCCGGCGUUAGUAACUGGGCUGCGU